AGACCCCAGGCAACAAGCCAUCACCUUGCACCAGAAGUUACAUUUCUGGGGCUGUAAGGAGCAUUGAAAGGCAAAUCUCCAACUGAAAAUGGGGCGCUGAACGGUAGAGGUCACCUCGAGCUGAGCUGUGUAAAAAUGUAGGAAUCAGCAGUCCAUUCCUGCUGCAGAGCAGCCGGCCAAUCCAGCGAAAUCCCACAACAUUUCAGUGCACUGACGAGUCAAACGGCUGAUUCUGACACAUAUACAUUUAUUGGGAAGGAGUUCCUGUAUAGCUGAUACUGAAUUCACCAAGACACGCACAUUUGCCCAGCUGAAGCCAACUUCCCAUGUGGAAGAACCAGAAGGCAGGAGAAGAAGCCCUAUCCUGAGGUCUGAAAUGGAAGCGUAUUCCUUUUGGUUGGACAGCAGGUGGCAGUACAUGCAGACCACAAAGCUAUACAGUCUGCAGGAGUAAAAGGCUCAGGGAAGGGAGGGGGGCCUCUAAGAUGUUCAGUGCACAGACACACAUGCAUGCAUGCUCGCAUACACAUCCAGUUUGCACUUACAUCAUCAUUACCAGGGGAGGAGCUCUGCAGAAUGUGAGGAUUGCAGACAGCUACUGUAACAGGGAUGACUUCAAAAGAAACAGCAACAUUGGCAUGAUUCAGUCUUGACACACUGCGGUCAGUGUGAAGACUCUAAACUGCUGCAGUCCUGGUCAGAGCAUGAGGAUCUUGCCAGGGUGAUUCACAGGAGCUGGGACGUGACUUUAGUGACCUCAGUACAGCAGCAUGGCAUCACCCAGGCACUACGGACACUCUGCUUGGGAUAUUACCAACGUGAUGCAGAAGCUGCAAGAUGAGCAGGAAGCAGUGCAGAAAAGGACAUUCACAAAAUGGAUCAACUCCCACUUGGCAAAGCAUGUCCCUCCCCUGGUGAUGACCGAUCUCUUUGAGGACAUAAAAGAUGGUGUGAUGCUGCUGGCCUUGCUGGAAGUCCUUUCAGGACAAAAGCUGCCAUGUGAACAGGGCAAGAAGCUAAAAAGGAUCCACUGGGUCGCCAACAUUGGUACAGCUCUUAAAUUCCUUGAGGGUAGAAAGUCUGCGUACAGAGGAUCUCCGAUCAAGUUGGUGAACAUCAACUCAACAGACAUCGUGGAUGGACGGCCAUCUAUUGUCCUGGGGUUGGUGUGGACCAUCAUUCUCUAUUUCCAGAUUGAGGAGUUAACCAGUAGCCUACCAGCACUCCAUACCGUGUCCAGCAGCACCUCCUCACUGGACAGCUCCACCAGCAGCACUGAGAUCACCAGCCCACCCGUCAAAAAGAAGACUCUUCCUCCUCUGCAGGGUGGAGCCAGGAAGGCAUUACUGAGAUGGGUCCAGCAGACAGCCACCAAAAGUCUGGGCCUUGAGGUGAGGGACUUUGGCCCCAGCUGGCGUACUGGUUUAGCAUUCUUCGCGGUAAUCAAUGCUCUCCGGCCUAAUCUUGUCGACAUGGAGCGAGUAUGGGGAAGGCCCAAUCGGGAAAAUCUUCAUGAAGCCUUCUUGUUGGCCGAGACUGAGCUAGGGAUUCCACAGCUUCUUGAGCCAGAGGAUGUCGACGUAGAAAAGCCAGAUGAGAAAUCUGUCAUGACAUAUGUAGCCCAAUUCCUGAAGCAUCUUCCAGAACGAAAGCAGAGCGGCUCCGAGGGACAGCUACAAGUAGAGCAUGAUCUUGCACCUCGGGAUAUAGAGGAAAUGUUGGAGAGAGAGCAGCGAAAGAGCCUGAGGGAGCUCAGGAUGUGGCUCGACCAGCUGGAGAGAGAUGCAAUACAGGCUCAGGAGACUGAGGGCAGUCUUGCUCAGCAGUACCAGCUGUUCAAGAGUCUGCGUGUCCAGUUGGAGAUGAGGAGGAAGCAGGUGGAGGGAGCUUUGCAGUCUACUCAGAGGGAUGGGAUGUUGACUGUGGAUCAGGCUCUGGUCAAACAGGCCUGGGAAAGGAUCUCCAAAAGGUUACUGGACUGGCAUCUUCAGCUGGAUAGGUCUCUGCCAGCUCCUCUGGACACAGUGGGAGCAUGGCUGCACGAGGCCGAGGAAGCUCUGCGACAGGAGAUAACCAUCCAGCAGGCACAUGAUAUCACAGCCAGCACUGUGCAUAGAGCUCUGGAGCAGCACAAGGAUGUGUUGAAGAGCCUGGAAAGUCACCAGCAGGUCUUUCAGAGAAUCCAUAAAGACAGAAGUGUUGAUGGAGUGCCUGUUCCCCCAGACCAGCUCCAAGACAUGGCUGAGAGGAUGAACUUUAUCUCUACAUCUUCUAGCAUCCACUUAGCAAAAAUGGAAUUUCUGGAGAACAAACAUCACAUGCAGGCCUUCCUCAGUCUGGCUGAGUCCAAACUAAAGUCCUGGAUCAUCAAAUAUGGUCAACAGGAAUCUGUGGAACUGAUGCUUCACAGCUAUAUCUUAUUCGUGGAGAAGCAGUGUUUCUUUGAAAACUAUGAGAUGUUGUUCCAGUCUCUGAAACUGUCUGCAGAGGCGUAUGUGAGUGCUGACAGCUCAGUGGAUGAAGGCGAGAUGGGAGUGCGCCGGUUUAUGCGGGAGGUGGUGACUCAGUGGAGGAGCCUGUCCAUGGAAGUGCGCAGCGUGAGGAGCAUGCUGGAGGAAGUGCUGUCCAACUGGGAGAGGUACACCUCCACUGUGGCCUCUUUGCAGGCCUGGCUGGAAGAUGCAGAGGAAGCCCUGAGCCAGCCAGAAAACACAAAACGGGAGUUUUUCAGGGAUCUCAGCCACUGGAUGGAUCAGCAUGCGGCCAUGAACGAUGCAGGGAAUUUUCUUAUUGAAACGUGUGACGAGACAGUGUCACUUGAUCUCAAGCAGCAGCUACUCAUUUUAAACGGGCGAUGGAGAGACCUCUUCCUCAAAGUCAAACAAUAUGCCCAUUCAGAUGAGUUGGAGAAGUGGAGAAAAGAACACUUGAAGGCUAUUUGGGCCCUGAAAGAGCUGCUGGACACUGCCGAAGCCAAACUCAAUGCUCCUGUUCAAGUCUCUUUCCUCAGUGUUAGGGCUUUUCUUCAGGAUGUGGAGAAUACCAAGCAAAAGGUUGUCGCUAUGGAGACACAAUACAAGUUGGCUGCCCGCAGCGCUCAGCUCCUUGCCAAGGAUGCUCCACAGGAUGAGGCAACCAGGGUCAUGGCAACUAUGGCAACAGUCAAAGGUCAACUAAGCAAGGUGAGAGAGCGGUGCCCAUCUCUGAUGCGGGAGUGUCAUGCCUUUCUGCCGCUGUUGGAGGAGAUGGAGAAACACAUCAACACUUUUUACCAGGCCUUGGAGCGAGCGAGUCGCAUCACUUCUGCUGCGAGAGACCCAGAGUCACAGGCACAAGCCCAGCAAAAAUACAAGUGGCAGGAUUUGUUAAACCAUCAGCAAAGCUGUAAACGAUGUUUAUCGGUGAUUGAGAGGAACCACCACUCCCUGCAGAGGGCGCUCUCCACCAGUAAGGUGCUCAGGAACUUCGACAUAUCGUUGCUGCAAAAGAGAGUUGUUGAAAUUCAGGGCUCGGCACAGGCUUUGCUAAAGGAGGUUGGGGAAUGGAGAAGGCAGGAAGAGGCCAACAACUCCCUGAGGAGGAGAUUUGAGGAAUCACGACAAGAGCUGGAGAAAGUGCUGAAGAAAGCUCAGGGCUGCUUGAGAGAGACUGGAGAUGCUGAGGAAUUAUUAAAGAAACACACUGAUUUCUUUGGACAGCUGGACCAGCGGGUGCUGAGCGUGUUUUUGAAAGCGUGUGAUGAGCUCACGGACAUCCUGCCACAGGAGGAGCAACAGGGGCUGCAGGAAACUGUCCGCAGGCUGCACAAACUCUGGAAGGACAUGCAGAGCGAGGUACCAUCUCACCUACUCCGUCUCAAGGUGGAUGUGGAGCGAAGCCGAGUUGCUGUGAUCCUGCAAGACUGCAGAGCAGAGCUGCACAGAGAAAUGCAAGCCCUGUCUGGCACCUGCACCAGCGAGCGAGUGAUCAAAGAGCACAGAACUUUCUUCAGGGAACGCAAACCUUUAAUUCAGAGCGAGAGGAGGAUUAGAAACAUGGAGGAUCUGUGUUACAAGUUGCCUGACAACGACCAAGCUUAUCGAAUGCUUGACUGCACUAGAAGGGCCGUAGAAGAGGUUACAGAACAGAUAAAGAGCACCCACCUCAAGCUGGAGCAGCACCCUGAUAAAUGGAAAGAGUGGAAUGAGAGGUUCUGCGAGCUUUCUGAUUGGCUCUCAUCUCAAAAAAGGCAAAUGAGGCUCUUAAGAGGAACAGCAAUAACUUCCAGUCAUCAGGAGCAGCUUGAUGCUGCUGUUCAGGCACUACAGGAAGCAGUGGACACUCGAGAGGAGAGUCUGCUGUGGCUCAAGAGCCGCCUUGCUGUGCUGUCUGAAGUUAGCUCUGAAGUGGAAGUCCAAAGGCAAAGAGCAGCCUUGGCUAAACUCUCAACUGACCUGCGGGCAGUUUACUCUUCACUCUGUCAGCUGGGUGAUGAGGGCUCUGCCAUGUUCCAGUAUGAGGAGCUGAGGGACGAGAUUCAUGGUGCUCUGGAGGAGGUUCUGAGGGCCCGAAAAGAGGCUGAGGAGCAGAUAGGCAGAAUUCUGGAUGCUGAGGGUUUGGAGGAAGCCAAACAACUUUACCUUAUUCACCAGCAACACCUAAAGCACCUGCAUGCUAACAGGAGAGAGGCAGAGCUUCUGGUGUCCCACUGCCGCCAGCUGCAGAAAGGGGAGGGGCUCAGUCAAUCUCUACGGGAGCUGGAAGGAGCUUUCAGUGAGGCUGACCACAAAUCAGGGGCAAAGGAGCAAAAUCUGCAGGCAACGCUGAGCUCCUGGGAAAGUUUCGAAGCAGAAAGAGAAACAGUUUGGAGGUUCAUCAGCAAUACUGACAAUGAAUUGCACAAGGAACUCCUUUUCAAUUGCUUGGACAGCCUGAAAAUUGAACUGAAGCAUAACAAGGAACUCUUCACGGAGGUCGAGGAGUACUCUAUACGAGCAGAUCUCCUCUCAGAGAAAGCAGAAGACAUUCAGCUUGGUCCGAAGACUCAGACUCUUCUCCUGCAGCAGGCGCAGUCCACCAGAGAAGCAAUCGCACAACUUCAAGACCACCUCAACAAGAAUGUUGUCCAGCUGGAGAUGAUAUUUGUGUGGUGGGAGCGCUUCAGCAGUGAAUCAGCGGCCUUCUUUCUUUGGAUCAAUCAGAAACAGAAGGAGCUGGAGGCUGUCAACAUUUUCUCCUCCUCUGAUCCUUUAGACAAACACAUCAGCGCUGUAAAGGCCGUGGGGGAAGCUUUAGAGGAGAGAAAGGCGGUUCUUGUCCUCAUGGAGGCCGACUGUGAGGCUCUGUCCAGGUUUGUGACUUCUGGAGAGGCCGGUCGCAUCCGGGCGCAACUUAACCAGACGAGACAAUACUGGGAAGAGCUGAAGGGGAGAGCAGAGCAGCUUGGCGUGCAGCUCAACCAGAGCGCCUCCUACAGGCAGAGAUGCAAUGAUAACCUUGAACAGGUUAGGAAAACAGUUAGUGAGCUGAAUGAAAAACUGGACUGUCUGAUCACAUGCUGCGUAUCGUCAUUAGAGACCUACAAAGCCCUCCAGGAUCACAUUGAGGUCUGCCAGACUGUUGAGCUUCUGAAGCCCAGGCUUAUGGCCCUGUGUUCGGCCACAAAAAGGCUUGGAGAGGGCAGCCAGCUGGAGGAAGAAGUGGCUAACCUCCAGGAGCAGCAGAGAGAGUUAAUGGAAAAGGCUUCAGAAAAGAAAUCUAUGUUAGAGAGCCUUCUAGCUCUGUGGCAGAGAUAUGAAAAGGAAAAUUUGUCCAUGAAAAGCUGGCUGGACAGGUGUGAGUCUGUGUGCUGCCCAGACACCGAACUGCUCUCUGCAGAUAAAGUAAAGCUUAGGAAUGAAUUACAAAAUGUGCAGGAAAUGCAGGUAGAGACGGUGUCACACGAGACUCUCCUUCAGGGUCUCGUGAAUCUCGGCCUUUGCUUGUACCCCACGGCACCCGAAGCUCGUAUCCAGGAGCUCAGUGAUGAUCUCACACAACUACAGGAGAGAUGCGCUUCUGUGAAGAACAGCAUAUUACGCAGGAUAAAGCGGUUGGAGCUGCACUUGGAGCACUUGGAGCAGUUUGAUCAGGCACUGCUGCCCCUUACCCAGUGGAGUGAAAACUUCCUGUCUCUUUUGAGAAGCUCUUCCCAGGUUGAUAUUGCUGAUCUUGAGGCUGUGUUUAUUAAGCUGAAGGAGCAUGAGGCACAGCUACAGGAGAAUGCAUCACUGAGAGAGACUCUCCAUAAAAAAGAGUCCUUCCUGCUUUGCUCUUCCACCCCAGAGGCCCAAGAGCAGCUCCAGGCAUGGAGAGAGGACUGCCUGCAACCUCUCAGUGAAUCCCAACGUCUCCUGCUGCUUCGUAAAGAGUGCCUGACCGAGUUAAACACUUUCCUCGAGAAGCAUAAAAUGGCUGCUAAGGCCGUGCGUCGCCUUCAUGAGGCUGUGGAGGGCAGAGGGAGCUGGGACCCUUCCAAAGCUGAAGAGCUGCAUCGCGAAAUAGGAGAGGUGGCUAAAGAAGUGGCCCGACUAGAGGCUGAAGCUGUCGGGUUAGAUGGGCAGCUGAGCAAAGCACAUCUGCACCUGUGUGGAGCAGAGUGGAGGGGAUCUAAAGAUGCCAGCCAUCCUCAGGGAAGAACAUCUUGCAGAGGACAGGCAGUGGCCCUGACAGUGGCUCUGGAGGAGGUGCAGAGGGGUGUGGGGUGGAGACAAAGUGAAGCGGAUGCUUUAGGGGCUUUGUGGAGCUCCUUCAGAGAGAGAAGAGAAGAAGUGAUGAAGAAUUUGAAGAAACUGUUGGACGAUGCAAGACAGGAGGGCAUCAGAGAGAGCUCUGUACAGGCCUUUCACAACAGGAUGCGUUUCUUUGUCCAGCUGGAGGAUGAGCUCCAGUCCCUGCAGCACUCGCAACGGUGGUUAGAAGAAAAGGGAAACCAGCUGGCCCAGAGAGACAGUGAGCUGGCAGGAGAAGCACUCAGGGAGGUAGCUCUGGUGAAGACAGCCUGGGAUAACGUCAGGACGCUAAUCAUCAACAGUCAGGAACACAGUGGAGUUGUGUUAGAUCUUCUUCGCCAGUUCCACCACCUGAAGUCGAUCCUCACCACACUCAUGGAGAGCGCUCAGGCCGUCGCUCACAAUCUGCCCGACCACAACCACAGUGCUCAGGAAGCCAAAAGGACUUUCACGCAACAUAAAGCCAUAAAAGAUGAACUGAGAGAAAAACAGGAAGACAUGGACCAGCUCAUCAGGACGGUCGAGGACCUGCAGAGGGAGCUGGAGAAGGUUCCCAACUGUGAAAUGUCCUCCAUCCAGAGAGACACAGAGACACUUAGAGAGCAGUGGCUGGCGAUCGCAGAGAAAAUACAAACCAAUACAGAAAGAUUAGGCUACUGUGUGAAACUCUGGGAUGACCUCAAGGCCGCAGAGCAGGACAUCAACCAGUGGACCAGUGGAUCCAUCGCUGAUCUAACCGACGCUGUCGCCAGUCUCAGUGACAAGGAGAAGACAGAGGCCCAGCUUGUGUCGUUUCAGGAGGAGGUUGAAAAGAGGGAGCACAUGCUGGAUGUUUUGGAGGAGAGAGUGGCAGAUUUGAAGGCUCGAGCCAGACUGCAGGAAAUCCCAUUACAAAUGCAGGUCCUGCAAUCAGAUCUGAGGAAGAAAAUGGCCCAUGCUGAGGAGGUGUACAAUCAGGCCAAGCACACUCUGACCUACUUCAGUUUCCAGAAAGAGCGACUGGAGGACCUCAUGUCCCAGAUGGCCCAGCGGCUGGAGGCAGUCGAGGGUUCCUUAUCGGACCUCACCGAAACUACUUCCCCUGAAGACAUUGGCACUGUUAAGGACCUGCAGAGUGUCGUGCAGCAGCAGAGGGCAGACAUGGACUCGGCUAGAGAUGCCCUGACUGCUCUGUGCAGAUCGCAUCCCUCUGAGGAGCUGUCACGCCUCUCGUCUGAUCUCACCUCCAUUGCCAAACGAACCGAGACCGUUUCCCAACGCUGUGCCAAGACCAGAGGAAACCUGCAGGACGGUCUGCAGCUCCAUUUCAACGAGCUUGUCCAAGACUUCAAAUCCUGGCUAGCGAUUCUGAAGUUGGAGCUGAAAGAAUGCUCUAACCCGUCAGGAGAUGUUGUCCUCCUAGGAGCCAAGUUACAAAGGUUAAAGGUAUCACUUCAGCGGAUUUCAGAGGGUGAGGAACGCCUCUCUCAGGUUUCUAAAGAGGCUGGGAAACUCCAGCUCCACCUACCUAAAGCUGGAGCAGUGCAGGUUCAAGAGAACCUCUCUGCCUGCCAGCGAGAGUGGAGGAGCUUUCUGGAUGGUUGUUAUCAGAGCAAGCUGGACUUGGAGGAGAGCGUUGGCCUUCUGAAAAAUUUUGACGACUGCGUGCAGGGUAUAAGAGACUGGCUGAAGCAGAUGGAUCUCAGCCUUAAGGCUGAGCCAGUUCUUGGGGGAGAAAGCCAGCAAGGAGCCCCAGACACCACAGAAGAGCUGGAGAGGACGGAGCAACUCCAUAAGGAACUGACAGAAAGAAGGGAAUCUAUUGAGCAACUCUGCCAGGAAGCCCAGGCUCUAUCUGAGGCAGGCCGGGGGUCAGGAGGAGAGGUCAGAGUAACAGGCCAGCUACAGAUGGAGCACCAGGCCCUACUGAAGGCAGCCAGGGAGAGGCUCAGAGGCUGCCAGGAGAGCCAGGCUUUUGGAGACACUCUCCAGGGGGUUUGGGCCUGGCUGGAGGAGAUCCAGGAGCGACUGGGUACAGUCGACAGCACGAUGGGGACCAAAGAGCAGUUAGAGCAAAGGCUGGAGACGGUGCAGGAUAUCCUGCUUUUGAAGGGAGAGGGUGAGGUCAAGUUAAAUAUGGCAAUGGGUAAAGGUGAGCUCGCCCUGCGCAGCUAUGGCGCCGCCGGACAGGAAGUGGUUCGCUCUCAGCUGCAGGAACUGGAGGAUGCAUGGGCUACACUGCUUGUGACAGCCAUGAGUUGCCACAGUCGAUUAGAGUGGACUGUGUCUCAGUGGGGAGGAUACCUUGAGAGUGCCGCCCAACUGCGCUGCUGGAUGGAGGUUGUGGAGCGGGAGGUGUGUGCCCCUCUCACCCCUCAGCCAGGACCUAGAGAAAAAGCUUCACAGCUGGAGAGACUCCGUGCUCUGCUGGCUGAUCUAGAAGACCACCAGAUGGCGCUGUCCACACUGGAGGAAAAAGCCAGAGAACUCUUCAAGAAGACUGGUGAUGCCAGCUUUAACCAUGGUGCUCGCACCCAGCUGCAGGUGCAGUUUGACAACCUCACAGCUUUGGUGGAGGAGAGAGUACGUCUGGCACAGGCAGUGGUGUUGGAGCACCAGGACUACCUGGAGGCCGUUAGAGAGCUCACUGAUUGGCUAAUGACUGCAGGGGAGGAGCUACAGCACUGGUCUGACACAUCAGGAGACUCCACAUCCAUCAAAAAGAAACUGUCAGAAGUUAGGGAGCGUGUGGAGUGUCGACUUCUGGAGGGCCGCGACCGCCUCAGCCGGGUGCGUCGCAGCGCGGCGUCCACAGCGGAGCACACGGCAGCGGGAGGCUGCGAGGCCAUGGAUCGACAGCUGGGGGCGCUGUCCCACGCUCUGGAGCAAUGGGAAGGGGCCGCUCUGAGGGCCCGGGAUAGCUUGGAGGGGGCCCUGUCCGCUGCCGCGGCUUCCGAAGAGGACUAUAACCGUCUGACCGCCCAGUUGGAGGAAGAGUUAAAAGUGUUUGAUGGACGUCUGAGGGGGUGGAGCCAGGAGCUGGUUAAAGCUGAAGGGCAGAGUAACGGCGAGGAGGCCGUGGAGGGAUGGCAGCUGGCUAAGGAUAUACUGGAGGGCUUGCAGAGCGCCGAGCCGAUGGCGGAGAAGUUGAAAGGCCAACUGAAUGACCUGGUGCGAUACUCCAGAGACCUCGGCUCACAGUCAGACCGGGUCACGGCGCUAAUCAAACAGCACAACAGUCUGAGUCUUCGUGCAUCCAGGGAAUGUCAAAAUAAGGAGCGCUUGUUGGAGCAAAGGUUUCGUGCAGCCCUUAGAGACUUCCAGCAGUGGCUGGUCAAUGCCAAAAUCAGCACUGCCAAAUGCUUUGAUGUGCCACAGACUGUCACAGAGGCCUCCUCUGCUUUGCAAAGGAUUCAGGAGUUCUUGAGUGACAGGGAGAAUGGCCAGGCCAGGCUUAGUACAGUAGGAGCCAGUGGGGAGCUGCUGAUGGCUGUAGUGUCCAAGGACAGGGUGGAGGGAAUCAAGGCCAAGGUGGCAAAUGCGAGAGAAGACUGGAAGAGCUUGAUGAAUAACCUGCAAAUGAGAGAAGAUGCUCUCAAGAACCUGCAGGCCCAGAUGACAGAGUUUGAGGCCAGUGCUGAGCCUCUGCAGGAAUGGCUGAACAGCACAGAGGUCAGAGUUCAGGAGAGCAGUGCUCGCCUACAUGACCUUCCAGCCAAGAAGCAGGAGCUCAGCAAACUACAGUGUGUGCUGGAGGAGAUGGCGUGUCAGGAGUUAGAGCUGGGCAGGCUGAGGGAAAGAGCUCAUCGACUCUGGGAGGGACAAGCAGCCGGAAAGGGCUUCGUCCAUAGAGUAUCUCAGCUGUCAGCACAAUACCUAGCCCUCAGCAACUUAACCAAGGACAAGGCAUCCAGGAUUGAGCGCAUUGUAGGGGAACACCGCCUUUUCUCUGAAGGACUGAAAGAGCUCCAGGACUGGGUGUGUGAGGCUCAGCGGGUCCUCAACACCUGCAUCUCCACCACUACAGACAAGGGCUUGUUGGAGGACCGGAUGUUACAACUUGAAGCCUUACUAACUGCCCGUCAGGAGAGGGAGAUCCAGCUAAAAAUGCUCUUGACGCGGGGAGAGGCAGUCCAGAGGAACACUUCAGCUGAGGGAGUCCCGGUGAUUCGCAAACAGAUCCAAGACCUCAAAGACUCGUGGGACUCACUGCUGUCUGCCUCAAUCCAGUGUAAAAGUCAGCUGGAAGGUGCUCUGUCGCAGUGGACCAGCUAUCAAGAGGACGUGGGUCAGUUUAUGCAGUGGAUGGAUCGGGUUGAAGAGACGCUUAGCUGCUCAGACAGACAGUACUCUGAGAUGAGAGACAAGACUGCUAACCUGGGAAAGACCAAGCUUCUCUAUGAGGAAGUACUGAGUCAUAGCAGUCCUCUGGAGACCAUUGCCACAAAGGGUUCCAAUAUGACUGAACACCACACGACACAGCAGGAGGUGCAGCAGCUGCAGUGUAGAUACAACUCCCUCAAAGAAAAGGCUAAGAAUGCAGUCAGCAAGGCCAAGGAGCUGGUGCUGGUGCAUCAGGAGUAUCAAAGGGGGUUACAUGUGUUUGAGGACUGGCUGGAGAAGGAGCAGGCCUCUCUGGCCUCAUUGUCCCAUCCAGAGGGAAACGUGGAUACACUUGAGAAUACACUGCAGCAGCUACAGAACCUGCAGGAGCACUGUUCAAAUGGCCAAGCCUUACUCUCCGCUGUGCUCACCAGCAGAGAGAGAGUAAUCCCCUGGGGUAUACCUCAGAUCGAGGACCGAGCCCUGGACACCGCUCAGCGAGAGUGGGCGGCCUAUCAGAGCCGUCUAAAGGAGACUCAAGGCCAGCUGCACUCAAUGCUGACCCGACUGAGGCAGAUGGGACAUAAAUUCCUGAGCCUGGCACAGUGGCUGGAGGAGAUGGAGAGGGUAGCUAAUAUCAGAAGUAAUCGAAGGUCAGACGCAACCACCAAGCAGAUUCAGCUGAAGAAACUCCAGGGGUGUCUGGAGGCAGUGCUCACACGGCAGAGUGAAGUCGAUGGACUUUCAUCUUUAGCUCAGGAGGUUCUGGAGGAAACUUACAUCAGCAGUCGUAUCAGUGUUACGGCCACUCAGCUCACUGCCCGCUACCACUCCCUGCUGCUCAACAUACAGGACACCAUCAAACAGCUACAAGAGGAGCUGAGGAGCAUUGAAGAGACAGAGAAUCUUUGCAAGUCCUUCACCGAGUGGCUUGGCUCGACUCUGAAAAGCUUCACAGCAUUAACUGACACUUCUGAACCUCUAGACCAGGCGGCCAUGGAGAAGAAGAUGAAAAAACUAGAGAGUCUCCAGUCUGAGCUCCAGCACGGUCACAGCUUCCUGAAAUCACUUAGGGAGCGAGCAGAACAGGCGGCAGGCUUCCUGAAUGAAUCUGCAGCUGAAAGUUUAGGAGGAGAAGUAGAGGCGCGUCUUUCCCAGCUGGAGGAGUUAGCCGGAGGCCUCAGGCAGGAGCGCAGCUUCCUUGAGCGGGCAUUACUGCUAGCUAAGGAGUUCCAGGACCGGUACAAGGCUCAGGCUCAGUGGCUGGUGGAAACCAAGGCUUUGCUUCGUACGCCAGUGGAGCCCAAGGCUGAGCUGUAUCAACGCAGAGCACAGCUGACUAAGUAUAAGGCUCUGUUGCAGAUGGUUCAGUCCCAUGAUGGAGCCAUCAAGUCAGUGCUGGAAAAGGGCGACGCUCUACUUUCCUCUGUCCACUACCCCUCUAUUCGAGAUAAAAUAAGCAAACUACAAAAGGACUACACUGGACUUUGUAAUACUGCCUUGGCUCAUGUGGAGAAUUUGGAAGGCCAGGUGAAGGAACAGGAAGCUUACCACAACGAACUCCAGGAAGUGGAGCGCUGGUUGCUGCAGAUGUCCAGCAGGAUGGUGACCCCUGAUCCCAGUAUUAGCGGCAGCCUGGAGGCAGCCACUCAACAGCUGGCCAGACACAAGGCCAUCAUGGAGGAAAUUGCAGGGUUUGAGGAUCGCUUGGCAGGCCUGAAAGAGCGAGGAGACCACCUGAUGGAAGGCUGCAGUGACCGUGUGCAGAGCAGGCUGAGACAGCAGGUUCAGGCACACCAGCAAGGCACCAGAGACAGCUACUCUGCCAUCUGCAGCACAGCGCAGAGAGUGUAUCAGAGUCUGGAUCAUGAGUUACAGAGACAUGUGAGUCUGCAGGACACACUGCAGCAGUGCCAGACGUGGUUGAACUCUGUGUCAGAAGAGCCAGAGCCUCCUACACAUCCUUCUUUCAGCCUCGAGGAGGCUUUACAGCAGGUGAAGCAGGAGCGGGCUCUGCAGGAGCAGGCUGGCACUUACCUCCAGCUUGUGUGCGCCACGUGUGACCUGUGUGAGCCGAGGGUGAGGGAGACCGCAGCAGCUAUCCAACAGGUCAAACUGCAGAUUGAGGAGCGUAUGCUGCUUUGUGAAGAGGUAGCCGACAGCUGGAGAGACAUCGAGGAGCAGAAGGCAGAUCUGGAGACCCAGCUAAUAGAGACAGAGCAGCAGCUUCAGAACCUCACCAGGAGACCUGCAGAGCUGGAGCCUAAGAUUGCACAGAACCAGCUGGACAAGGCCCAGGAGUUCCUGCAGCAGAUUAAGGAGAAACAAUCUGAGGUAACACGUCUGCAUGAAGCCAUCGGCAGGUUGAUGGACGGACAGGUCUCUCCUGCCCUGGAGGAGAUAAGGAGACUGAAGAAAAGCUGGAUGGACCUGGGCCAGCGGGCUGAAGAGCUGGAAGCCCUGCGGGGGGAGGACAUGCAGCGAAGUGGAGAGUACCAGGAGAGUGUUGUUGCUGUAGAGGAACUUUUCCAUCAAGUAUCCAGGGAAUGGGACUACCUUGCUAGGGCUGACACAGAGAGUACAAGUGAGCAUCUAGAAGCACUCAGAAAGCUCGCCAGUGACCUAGAGGAGCAAAGAGAAACUCUGGAAGACUUGAGGGACCAGAGACAAGCUAUCCUGCCUCGACUUAGCCUGCUAGACAAGGAGCUGGUCAAACAACAGGUGGGUCAUCUGGAGCAGCGCUGGGCACAGCUGGAAUCGCUGAUUCAGCAGAAGAUCCAGGACUCUGCGCAGAUGCUAGAGGAUCUUGCCCGAGUGGAAAAUCAGCUGAGAGAUGCCAGAGAGUGGGUGGAGGAGCAGCGGCCUGCCCUCACCUCUGCCCUGAAAACCAGCCCACCCCCCGAUCUGGCCCAGAGUUUCCUGUUUGACCACCUGAGCGUAUGUGUAGAGCUGGAGGCCCGUCAGCAGCUGCUCGGUCAGGCAGUGAAGGAAGCUCAAGCUGUGGCUUCCAGGCUGGGACUGAGUGAAAAGAGACGCCUGCAGGAGCUCGUUGAACAAGCCCAGACUGAAGUGGAGGCUCUCGGGGCUCGGGUUGCCCAAAGGAGGAAGUACCUUAGUAAGGCCUUCACAGAGAGGACACAGUUCCUUCAAGGCCUGGGGAGAGCAUUGUCUUGGAUACAGCAACAGGAGAGGAAGGCCUUGAUAGAUGACCACAUAGCACUUCUUCCUGAGGACCUGGCAAAGCAGGUUGCUGGAUGUCGAGGUGUUCAGAGCAGCUUACGAGCUUAUCAGAGGGAGCUGGCAUCUCUCUGGGUACAAGGCCGCGAUCUGGAGAGAGAUGCCACUGACAAAGAGAGAGCAGAAACGCUGGCAAGACUUGAGGAGCUACAGUCUGCUUUUGAAACUGCUCUCCAGAGGACUACCCAGCAUCUUGCAGCCUUAGAGAAAGCCUUGACCUCCAGGAAGUACUUCCAGGUUGACCUAGACAAGACUUGUCAGUGGCUGAGACAAGCAGAUGACAUAACAUUUCCGGAAAUCAAUUUAAGCACUGCUGAUGAUAGUUCGGAUUUGCAGUCACAGCUUUCCAAUUAUCAAAAUGUCCUAGAACAAGCUUCCGAGUAUGAGAACCUCCUUCUUAUUGUCCAAAGAAUAGGUCAGGAGAUCCUCCCUACUCUGAAUGAGAUCGACCAUUGCUACCUGGAUGAGCGGCUCAAUGCCCUGCCACAGCAGUACAAUGCCAUCCUAGCUCUAGCCAAAGAGAAGAAAGACAGGGUCCAACAGAUUAUCCUAGAACGGAAAGAGUUCUGCACUUUCUUUGAUAUUACUCGUAAUGCACUGGAGGAGCUUCAGGAGCAGUUUGACAAUCUGGAGAAGCAGACUAUCAGUAUUGAAGAGGAGGAAGUUGUUAGUUUAGUUAAUGAAUACAGAAAUAUAAAUGAAAGUUUAGUCCAUAUUAGCUCUGCUGUUAGAGAACUGCACGGGAAAAAUGAGGGUUUCCUCAGUAAAGGUCAGCACUACAGAGCUGUGGAGACACAGCAGCUUGUGAGUCUCCACAACACACUGAAAAGGAGAAUUGAUCAGAAGAUCAAACACUUACAUGAUUGCUUGGAAAUACUAUCUAAACACAAAGUAGUUUUUUCCAAGUUAGACUCAGAGUUACAGUCUGCUAAAGAGGAGCUGGUGAAAUUGAAAUCAGACAAAGAAGUAAGUGCCAUAGAUAAAAUCUCAAGUCUUUAUUUACUGCUGGAAAAUCUGGAUGGAGUGAACUCUCAGGCUGAAGAAUGCAACCAACAGAUGGAAAACCUUUGUCUUACGACUGAUGCUGCUGCCUUUCAGGAAACUAGUCUGCAGCUCCAGUCGCUGCAGUCUUUACGAUGUGACACUAAGCGUUUCGUUGAAGAAAGCGAAACGACAUUCGCAAAAAAUGAAGACUUCACAAGAGCUGUUGAGAAAGUGUUCGAGUGGUUGAGGAUGGUUAAAGACAAAACGAAGGAUCCUUUGACCUUUUCAGAGGUCAAAAUUGAGAGGAUACACGAGGAAGUGCGGAAACUGAAAAUCAAGGAGGAAGAAGUGAAAAGUAGACUGAGGGUCGUUGAUGUCUUGGGUGCACGAGAAAAGCAAAAGUACAAAAGCAGGAAAGCAACCGUUCCUUCCCAUGUAGAAGAGAAACUGCAGGAGCUGGGAAGGCUGGGAGAUGAAGUCCAACAAGGAAUGUGUGCAAAACAACUGGCUGUGGAUCAAGCGCUUUCCUUGGUCCAGAGGCACCACUUAUCUCUGCAGUCCAUGCAGAAAUGGCUAGACUCCGCUGCGGCUUUGCUUCAGAGGGCCACCACAGGGGUGGAGCUCGAAAACCAAGCAGACUGUGCACAGGAUCUGGAAGAAAUUUUAGCUAAGGAAAAAAACUUCAAAGCUGGUUUACAGGAGUUUGGGACUUUGGAUCCCUUGCUGGUGGAUUUUCUGGAGGCAGGAGUGAUGAGUGGGCUCAGAGAAAAAGUAAACACAAUGCAGCUAAGAAGCACCGAAGUCAAACAGCAAGUGGAUACUUACAGAGAAGUGUUGGAGAGAUGUGCAGCUCUGUGGAGCUCCUUCCAACGUGAGAAAGAGACCGUGGUUGAGCAAAUGAAUGAUUCAGAGGGCAGGAUGGCCAUGUUCACUACAGCUAAAGCUGUAAGCGCCCACCAAGCAGAAGACAAGUGUCAAAGAUACAAGUCACUGGUGGCGCAUGUUGACCUGCUGGAAAUGCCUCUGAAUGCUUUGAAAGAAAGAGCAGCAGAGCUGGAGCAAUUAAUCUCUGAAUCCAGCAAAGCUAUCACCAGUCACGUUGUAUCGUCGCUAUGGCAACGGUGGACCCGUCUCCGCAGUGUGGCCCGAGCCCAGGAGAGGGCACUGGAGGACACUGCUAGAGAGUGGAGGAACUUCAAUGAGAAAAUGGAGAAGGUACGAUCGGUGUCCAUAGACCUCCACGGUCGUGUCCCAGACAGCACGGUUGAGAAAGCAGCCACCAGGGCGGCGCUUCAGAGUCUCCUGGAGUACCAUGACUCCUUCAGUCUGGAAGUGGAGAGGGAGCAGUCCAUACUGGCUCUGCUGGGGCAACAAAGUUGCAGUCUCAGGGGAGAGGAUGACAAGGUGGAAGUGAUGGAGAAAAGCACUGAAAAUGGACACAAGGAGACGCCGUGCUCACAGGAGAUCCAGAGCAUGCAGGCGCAGUAUGACAUCCUUGUGUUGCAGGUGCGGGCUAGCAGGACUCAGGUGCAUCAGGAAUUGAGGGAGAGAGAGGAGGUUGAGAAAGAGCUAGGCUUAGUCAAAGGCUGGAUCCAAGACACCCGGGGUUUAUUGCUGAGUCCCACUGCAGACCUGGAUUCACUGCUGCAAGAGCUAGAGACGGCACACGGUGAGGUGAUCAGCAGACGUCAGAGUGUGGAGCGGAUGACAGAGCUGCAGCAAUCAAAGUACCAGGACCUCCAAGCUGGCCUGCCCUCUGAACUCAGCAUGCAGCUAGCUGAGGUGGCGCUGGCUCUGGGAUCUGCUGAGGAUCAGGUGCAGGCAAGGGAAAGGGAGGUGCAGCAGACCAGAGAUGUGAAAGAGGACUUCAGCUCCCGACUGCAGGACAUCGAGGCAAAGCUGAAGACCAUUGCUCUAAAAUUGGAAGACAAGGGUGCCGACCUGGAGGAGGCCAAAGAAGACACCAAAGCUCUUUCUGAGGAGUGUGAAUCCUGCAGUUGCUCUCUGGCAGAGUUGGGAGUGGCUGUGCAGGAGUUUGGGGAGCAGAACCCUCUCCUGUGUAAGCAGCUGGGUGAUGCUGUAGCCAAACUGACAGAGGUGCAGCACCACACCUCGCAGCAGGUCGAGGAUAGAGCCAACAGACUGAAGAAGGCAGAAAGACAGGUGGAGGAAUAUCAGGGCAUGAAGGCAUUCAUUUUGAGCUGGACAAAGAAAGCUGAGGCUCUGGUCACCGGUAAUAUCAUUUGGAGCUCUGCGUCCCAGCUGCAGGAGCAAAUUCGAGCACACCAGGCCUUACUGCGUGAGUGUCGAGGUCUCCAUGGUGACUUGGAGGCCAUGGGGGAGAGGGAGGUGCAGCUGGCGGAUGUGUUGCAGACAGAGGGGUGGAGCCAGCGGGUGAAACACCUCAGCAGACGCACAGAAGAGCUGCAGCAAACUGCCAAGACUCGCCUCCAGAGUCUGCAGGAUGCAGCUAAGGACAUGUUGCGUCUGGAAGCGGAGGUCAAGAGCCUCCAUGCUGCUGUAGAUCAGAUACAGGCCACACUUGCUUCCCCUGAACUUAACAAGCUCAGUCUCAGAGAGCAGUUGACACAGAGACAGCGUCUGCUGGUGGAAAUGGAGGGCUUUAAGCAGCAAGUAGCUGCUGUUCAGCAGUGUCAGAGCGCCCUCCGGCUGCCAGAGGAGGUAGUGGCCAGUCUGCCUAUCUGCCGCACAGCUCAGACUCUGCAGCAAGAAGCCAGCCAAGUGCAACACACCACAAUCCAGCAGUGCAACAUCCUGCAGGAGGCCGUGGUGCAGUAUGAGCAGUAUGAACAGGAAGUGAAGAACCUCCAGAGAUUAAUUGAAGAAGCUCAUCGGAUCAUUCAGGACCGGCCCGUUUCCACUAAUAAUAUACAGGAACUUCAGGCUCAGAUACACCACCACGAGGAGUUAGCCCAGAAGAUCCGUGGCUACCAGGAGCAGAUCGCCUCGCUCCACUCCAAGUGCAAGAUGCUGACAGUGAAGGCCAAACACGCCACUAUGCUGCUGACGGUCAGCGAGGUGGAGGGCUUUUCAGACGGCAUGGAUGAACUGAGUGACGAGGAGCUUCCCAGCGCUGUGACAGACACCACCACAGCUGACGCCAAGCAGCUUCCAGCACACCCCUCUGUAGUCAUGAUGACAGCCGGCCGCUGCCACACACUCCUCUCCCCUGUGACAGAGGAGUCAGGGGAGGAGGGUACCAACAGCGAGGUCUCCUCUCCCCCUGCCUGCCGCUCCCCCUCUCCGGGGGCUAACGCUGAAGCUGCUCUUAACCAGGGUCGAGGUACACUAAGCCGAGUACCUCUUCAGGAACUGUACGACCCAUCUAUGGAAAGCAGCGCUGCUAACUUGGAUGACCUGCAGAGAUCCUGGGAAACGCUAAAGAAUGUGAUCAGUGAGAAACAGAAGAGCUUAUAUGAGGCUCUGGAGCGGCAGCAACACUAUCAGGAGUCCCUCCAAUCUAUUUCCAUCAAGAUGGAGUCCAUCGAGGGGGCGCUGAAUGAGGGCUUAGAGCACAACAAGACUCCAGAGAGCCAGAUGGCUGCACACCAGGCUUUGAUGGAUGAGAUCCUGAUGCUGCAGGAUGAGAUUGGUGAGCUACAGAUGUGCUUCUCUGAGGAGCUGGCAGAGAGUGAUGGGGAUGCUGGGGAACAGCUGGCCCUGCAGUCUACUCUCACUGUACUGGGAGAAAGGAUGGCCACCAUUCGAAUGAAGGCUUCGGGGAAACGGCAGCUGCUGGAGGAGAAACUAAGUGAACAACUGGAGGAGCAGCGACAGGAGCAGGCGCUGCAGCGAUACCACAGCGAGGCCGAGGAGCUCGACAAUUGGCUGCUCAGCACUCGCGCCACUCUCAGCUCUGCCCUUCAGCCCCAAAAUGAAGACAUGGACAUGGAGGAGCAGCUCAUCGACUGUCAGAAUAUGCUGUAUGAGAUCGAACAGAAGGUGUCGUACCUAUCAGAGCUAUCCGUCCAUAGCGAGAGCUUGUUGUUGGAGGGCCGGGCUGAAACCAAAGGCGAGGCGGAGCAGCUCACCCUGAAACUGCGCUCCCUCAAAGACAGCCUGCUAGAGCUGCAGCAGAUGCUGCAGGACAAACAAGUUGACAUACAGGGUUCACUGCAAGAGCAGGAGGACAGUGAGCCAGAUUCGUCUCUGUCCCAGAGUCCUAACGUUCAGGACUGGCUCUCUCAGGCCCGGUCAACACGCACGCAGCAGCAACACGACAACCUGCGUCGACAGAAGGAGCUUCAGGAGCACGUCGCUGAACAGAGGAAGCUGCUCAAGUCUGUAGCCAGCGUUGGAGAGGAGUUACUCGGCCAACAAACCACACCCAAUGGGGACAGUGAGGUGUCUGUGCCUGGUGGAGUGCUGCUGGAGAAUGAGACCUUGUCUCCUCUGGAGCAGUUGAGACAGAGAUGGGAAAACCUAAAUAAUGAUCAGAACACAAAGCUGCAGCUCUCCUUGAACUCCCUGGAGCAAGACCAGCUUAGCCCGGUCCUCCACCGGUCCCGUCUGUCCAGUCCCAGCGUGGUGUUCAGAGGUGAGGCUACCAGCCAGGACUCUUGCUCUCCUAGAGCUUCGUUUGAGGCCUGCAGCCAGACUUUAGAAAGAAUUACAGAGGAGGCAGCGGGCAGUGAGAGUAAGCUUGCAGCAUCUUUAGGGGGGGCAACAAUCCAGCAGGACCUCUAUGCUGCAGUAUCAGCUGCCUCGUCCUGGUUAGAUGCUGCUGAGAAUCAGCUGCUCGCUGGUCCUGUGCUGCUCUCUGAGGACACAGAGACACAGCUCACACAUUUGGAGGGUUUGAAUAAACAGCUGAAGGAGAUGACCAGAGAAGUGAAAAAUUGCAGAGAUCUGCUGGGUGGUGGAUUGGACAGGCUGUGUGGAGGUGAAGAGCGAGCUCUGAUGGAAGACACGCUAGAGGGCCUGCAGGAGAGGAUGGGCCUGCUGGACUCUGCAUUGGAACAGCACUGUGACGCCAUGAGGGACAGGCUGCAGGAACAUUCAGCUUUCCAGAAUGAACUGCGGUUGCUGUUCACAGCCCUGACUGAAAGCAAACACCAGUUGCUACAUAAGAUGGCCGGAACUGCAGACAGACCUGCAUCCAAACAGAUAGAGACAUUAUCAGAAGUGGAAGACAGCCUGAAGGAAUUUGAGCAGAAAGUUACUGAGCUGAAGACGAAAGCAGAGGGACUCCAAUCAGACUCAUCAUCCAAUCAGGAGCUACUCAAACUACAAGAUGCAUACGAGGAGUUGGUGCUCAUGGUGGGCUCUAGACGGAGUAGUUUGAACCAUGGUUUGUCUCUGAAGGCUCAGUAUGAAGCUGCGCUGCACGACCUUAAUGACCUGGUGGAUACCGCUCAGGACAAGAUGGCUGCUGACCAAAAGAUGACAGUGGCUUCAGUCAUAGAGGUUCAGAUGUUACUAGACAAACACAAAGAGUUUUUCCAAGGUCUGGAAUGCCAUAUGAUACUCACCCAGACAUUUUUCAGUAAAGUGUCUGGUUUGGUGUCUCAGAGGGAAAGUCAAACCCUGGAAGAGACCAUGGCUUUAGCCCACAGUGUGCUCAAACAGGCCCAUAGAAGAGGAGUGGAGCUGGAGGGGAUUCUGGAGUCAUGGAGCAGACUCGUGGAGGACUAUCAGGCUCUGUGCAGACAGCUGGAGGCGGUGGAGUGUAGCAUCCCCACUGUGGGUCUGGUAGAGGAGACGGAAGAGAGGCUAACUGAAAGGAUCAGCCUCUACCAGCGACUUAAAGCCAGCCUGACUGAGCACCAGCCCCAACUCUAUCAGGUACUAGAGGAGGGCAAGAAGCUUUUUCUGUCUGUUGGUUGCUCAGACUUGGAGAACCAGCUGACACAGCUGGGAGAGCACUGGCUCUCCUCCACCACUAAGGUCAACAAGGAGCUGCACCGCCUUGAUUCGACACUCAAACACUGGACCAGGUACCAGAGUGAGUCAGCAGAGCUGAGCCACUGGCUGCAGUCGGCUCUGGACAGACUGGAGUUCUGGACGACCCAGUCGGUGACCGUUCCUCAGGAGCUGGAGACUGUCAGAGACCACCUCUGUGCCUUCCUGGAGUUUUCCAAAGAGGUGGACGCUAAGUCGUCUUUGCGCUCGUCAGUGCUGAGCACAGGUAACCAGCUUCUGAGACUAAAAAGGGUGGACACGGCUGGCCUGAGGACAGCGCUGGGCCAAGUCGACACUCAGUGGGCUGAGCUGCUGACUCGUAUCCCUGUAGUACAAGAGAAGCUCCACCAGCUGCAGAUGGAGAAGUUAGCAUCACGGCAUGCCAUCACAGAGCUGAUGAGCUGGAUCUCGCUCAUGGAGAACAUCAUAGAGGAAGAUCAGGACAAGAUCAUGGCAGCUGUGGGCUCAGCGGUGGUACAGGACUACUUGCAGAAGUAUAAGGGCUUUCGUAUAGAUCUGACGUGUAAGCAGCUGACUGUGGACUUUGUAAACCAGUCAGUGCUGCAGAUCAGCAGUCAGGAUGUGGAGGGAAAGCGCAGUGACAAAACGGACUUUGCUGAGAAGCUAGGAGCUAUGAACAGAAGAUGGCAGAUACUGCAGGGGCUCAUUGCGGAAAAGAUUCAGCUUUUAGAAGGACUUGUGGAAGGUUGGUUGGAGCAUGAAAAUGGAGUUCAGGCACUGAAAACCUGGCUCACAGUACAGGAGGAGAAAUUGAAGAAGAGACAGAGGAUAGAGGAUGUAGCAUCGGUGCAGAGUGCACUCAAAGACUGUCAGGAGUUGGAAGAAUUAGUGAAGGAAAAAGAGAAGGAUCUAGAGAAAGCAGAGGAACGAGGAAAUGCUCUCAUCCAGGAUAAGAAAGGAGCAGCUUGCUGUGUUGUAAAGGAAACUCUUAAAGGACUAAACCAGUCCUGGGCUCAUUUGGACCACAUGAUAAGUCAGAUGAAAGUGAGCCUGCGGUCGGUGCUGGAGCAGUGGACGUUGUACCGGCGAGCUUCAGAGGAGAUAAAUGGCUACCUGAUGGAGGGGCGUUAUUCUGUGUCCAGGCUACGUCUCCUUAAUGGGUCUCUGGAGGCCGUGCAGCAGCAGGUGGAGAGUCUAGAGAGCCUUCAGGAGGAGAUGGAUAAACAGGAAAGUAGUUUGAGGAAGUUUGGCUCCAUAACUCACCAGCUGCUAACGGAGUGCCACCCGUCGGUGGCGGAAACGCUCAACAAAGCUCUCCGGGACGUCAACAUCAGGUGGAAUCUUCUGCUAGAGCAGAUCUCAGAGCAGCUAAGGACCAGUAAGUCCUUGCUCGGACUGUGGCAGCGCUACAGGUCACUGUACAGCCAGUGCGUGACUGCAGUCCACAAACAGGAAGAACGUGCUGAUCGACUUCUGAGGAGCGCCACUGACAGGGAGAUAACUGAAGACGAAAGCAGUGCCUGGAUUAAGGACUGCAAUGAUUGCCUUUGUGACCAAGACGCGGCGCAGCAGUCCCUCCAGCAGCUGCAAGCACUGGGAGAACAACUGAGGAGCCAAGUCGACUCCUCCUCUGCGGCAUCCCUUCAGUCCGACCAUUUGUCGCUUACUCAUCGCCUAGCAGCACUAGAGCACGCCCUGCACAGGCAACAGGAUGUAUUGCAGUGUGGAUCUGUGACGUGUGGGGUGUUCAGAGAGCAGCUAGACAAGCUGAUCUGCAUGGCUGAGGAGGCUGAGGAAGUGUUGAAGGAUUCGGACCCAGUGGGUUCACCCGACCUUAAUGUGGUCCAGACGCGUAUAGAAAAACUCAAGGGUCACCUGUUGAAGCUGAGCAGUCUAUCUCCAGACUUGGAACGUGUUAAUGAGAUGGUGUACAGAAUACCAGUCAGUGACAGAGACAUUAAACGGCUUCAAAGUCUCAACAGAGCCUGGGCCACUCACUCUGCUCACCUCACCGAGAGGUUCAGUAAACUGCAGUCGGUGUUGCUCCAGCAGCAGAGUUUCCUUGAGAAGUGUGAGGCCUGGAUGGAUUUCCUGACUCAGACUGAGAAGAAGCUAGGUGCUGAGAUCUCAGGCAACUACCAGAGUCUGCUGGAGCAACAGAGAGACCAUGAGUUGUUCCAGGCAGAAAUGUUCAGCAGACAGCAGAUUCUUUACUCCAUCAUAAGUGACGGGCAUCGUUUGUUGGACCAAGGACAAGUUGAUAAGAGUUACGACUUCAGUGUAAAAUUGGCUUUGCUGAGCAAUCAGUGGCAAGGUGUGGUGAGGCGGGCACAACAGCGACGAGGCAUCAUCGAUAGUCUGGUUCGGCAGUGGCAGAACUACCGGGAGAUGGCAGAGAAGCUGCUCCGAUGGCUACAGGAAGUGACCCGUGAUCCAGAUGUGCAUCAGCCAGGGGAACCAGUGGCUCUGCAGCAGGCCAGAAACCUGCUAGAUCAGAUACAGCUGAGGGAGCGAGUGCUUCAGCGGCAGCAAGGAGGCUACAUCCUCACCGUAGAGGCCGGCAGGAGUCUGCUGCUGUCAGCGGACGCCAAGGCGGAGUCCACACUGCAGACUGAGCUGAUGGAGAUUCAGGAGAGGUGGAGGCAUGCCCACCAUCGCCUGGACCAGCAGAGGAGGCAGCUGCAGGGCUUACUGAAGAACUGGGAGCGAUGUGAGAAGGGCAUAGAUGUGUCUUUGGAGAAGCUGAGGGCCUUCAAGAGAAAGCUGUCUGUGCCUCUGCCUGACCACCAUGAGGAGCUGCACUCAGAGCAAAUCAGAUGCAAGGAGCUGGAGAGCAGCGUGGAGGGCUGGACCGAUGACCUUACUUCCUUAUUCCUGCUGAGAGACUCUUUGGAGGGCGUGGUUAGUGCUGAUGACAUCACAGUUCUACAAGAACGCCUCCAGCUGCUACAGCGCCAGUGGGAGGAGGUCUGCCAUCAGCUUUCCCUGCGCAGGCAGCAGGUGAGCGAGAAGUUGAAUGAGUGGGCUGUGUUCAAUGAGAAGAAUAAGGAACUGUGUGAGUGGCUCACACAGAUGGAGAGCAAAGUCUCUCAGAAUGGGGACAUCAGUAUCGAUGAGAUGAUUGAAAAGCUGCGCAAGGACUACCAGGAGGAGAUCAGUGUCGCUCAGGAGAACAAGCAGCAGCUGCAGGUUAUGGGUGAGCGUCUGGCCAGGGCCAGCCAAGACAGCAAGGCGACGGAAAUCCAGCACAAACUCAACAAAGUCAGCGAGCGCUGGCAACACCUGCUGGAUCUCAUUGCAGCCAGGGUGAAGAAGCUGAGGGAAACCCUGGUGGCGGUACAGCAGUUGGAUAAAAACAUGAGCAGCCUUCGGUCAUGGCUCGCUCACAUUGAGACCGAGCUGUCCAAGCCCAUCGUCUACGACACCUGUGAUGACCAGGAGAUUCAGAGGAAGCUCAACCAACAGCAGGAGCUUCAAAGGGACAUAGAGAAACACAGCACAGGCGUGGCGUCGGUGCUGAACCUGUGCGAAGUCCUGCUGCACGACUGCGAUGCCUGCUCGACUGAGACGGAGUGCGACUCCAUCCAGCAGGCCACCAGAGGGCUGGACCGACGCUGGAGGAACAUCUGCGCCAUGUCCAUGGAGAGGAGGCUCAAGAUUGAAGAAACUUGGAGGUUGUGGCAGAAGUUCCUGGAUGAUUACGGCAGGUUUGAGGAUUGGCUCAAGACCUCAGAAAAAACAGCAGCCCUGCCUAAUUCCUCUGGAGUUCUCUAUACCGUCGCUAAAGAGGAGCUCAAGAAGUUUGAGGCUUUCCAGCGUCAGGUGCAGGAGUGCCUGACCCAGCUAGAGCUCAUCAACAAGCAGUAUCGUCGUCUGGCCCGGGAAAACCGCACAGACUCCUCCUGCCGUCUCAGGGAAAUGGUGCACGAUGGGAACAGGCGAUGGGACAACCUGCAGAAGAGGGUGGCUGCAGUCAUACGCAGGCUAAAGCACUUCAUCAGCCAGAGGGAGGAGUUUGAGACUGCACGUGAUAGCAUCCUGGUGUGGCUGACUGAGAUGGACCUACAGCUCACCAACAUAGAGCACUUCUCCGAGUGUGACGUACAGGCCAAAAUCAAACAGCUCAGGGCGUUUCAGCAGGAGAUCUACCUGAACACGGGGAAGAUCGAGCUGGUGUUCAGGCAGGGUGAUGCUCUGAUUGAGAAGAGUGAACCUCUGGAUGCAGCUGUCAUCGAGGAGGAGCUGGAGGAGCUGCAAAGAUACUGUCAGGAGGUCUUCGGACGAGUGGACAGAUACUACAAGAAACUCACACGACUCCCUCUUGCAGACGAUGAGCUCGACGGUUCAGACAGAGAGCUGGACAUGGAGGAUGGAGGAGACCUCUCUGAAAUGCAGUGGAGCGACUCCUCUUUGCCCCGGACAUCAGCGCGUCCAGCCUCGGGCACCGUGGCUCUCGUCCGGGCCGACCGCUCAGGCAGAGACACCCCGGCCAGCGUGGACUCAAUCCCGUUAGAGUGGGACCACGACUACGAUCUGAGCAGAGGCCUGGAGAGCCCCUCAGGACGAGGCAAUGGGGAAAGAAGCCAAGGGCAAGAGGACGAGGAUGAGUAUAUGAGGACGGCUGCCACAGCACUAUCAGAUGUAGUUAUCCCAGAGAGCCCAGAGGCCUAUAUAAAACUGACAGAGAAAACACUGAAAUCAUCCUCUGGUGAGCCAGGCCAGCUGGAGGCCAGUCUCAGGCAGCUGGACCAGGCUUUGGACGCAGGGCGGUAUCACCUCCAGCAGAGAGAAGCCACUGCCAACCGGGUCAGCCCCGAUGUGGACUCCACUUACAUGGGCUACAUGCGUCUGAUGGGAGAGUGUCGCAGCAGCAUAGACGCAGUGAAGAGAGCAGAAGGAGAGCUGACCGAAGAUGAGGAUGAGAUGCCGGGACUCACCAACCCUACCAACACAGACACACAGAGCGCCGGUGUGAUUGAGCGCUGGGAGCUGAUCGAGGCUCAGUCUCUAAGUGAGAAGCACAAACACAAACAGAACCUGCAGCAGUGGCAGCAGCUGAUCUCAGAUCUGCAGACCUUGAGGGCUUGGCUCGGUCACUCGGAGGCUGAACUCAGCCAACUGCGAGGCCUCGAUCUCAGCACUGACAUACACACCAUCCAGCAGAGAAUCAAGAAGCUCAAGGAGCUGCAGAAGGGGAUGGAUGCUCACAAGUCAGAGGUCCUGUCCAUCAACUUGAGCAGUGCUGACUUCCUCCAAUCAGAGCCCGACUCUGAGGAGGCGUGGGAGCUGAGGGACAGGCUGAAGGAGAUGAAUUCGCGCUGGGACCGGCUCGGCGCCUCACUGGAGGACUGGAGGGAGGAGCUGCAGAGGGCACUGAUGCAGUGCCAGGAGUUCCAUGAGAUGAGUCACGGUCUGCUGCUAUGGUUGGAGAACAUUGACCGCAGGAGGAACGAGGUGGUUCCCAUCCCCCAAAAAGCAAAUCGCGAAACGUUACGAGCUCAUCAUAAAACACUUAUGCAAAUCAAGUGCGAGCUGCUGGACUCGCAGCAGAAGGUGUCGUCCCUUCAGGAGCUGUCAGCUCAGCUGCUGGUCAACAUUAAACCUCAGAGUCUGGCCCAGACCUCAGAGCGGACCCAGGCUCAGGGCAACGAGUGUCUGGAGGCCCAGGAGAAGGUUCACGUGAUCUGGAACAGGCUAAGGCUGCUCCAGAGGGAGGUCAACUCAGAUCUGGAGGGGCUGGAGAGGAGACUGGGGGCCAUGGAUGCAGAGCAGGAUUGCUCGCCGUUGCCUGUUAGCAGAUCUGCAGCACCUGGUUCAGAUGUGACCAGCCAGACCCGCAAACGAUUGCCCCGAGGCAAAAGUAGUCAGGCCCACCCAGGACACCCUGAGAGCAGCCCGCGCCACAGCCGGAGCAGAUCACCAGGCGCCGCUGGCUGCGUUUCCUCCCGUUCUGACCUCUCAGACGUCACUUCAUCAGCUUCCUCCUCCUCCUCAAAGGAUAAGUCCUUCCUGCUGCGGGUCCUCAGGGCAGCGCUCCCCGUCCACUUGCUCCUCCUGCUCCUCAUCGGCCUGGCCUGUCUGGUUCCCAUGACGGAGGAGGACUACAGCUGCCACCACGCCAACAACUUCGCUCGCUCCUUCCAUCCCAUGCUGCGCUACACCAACGGACCUCCGCCCAUAUGAGGAGCAGCUGAUUUUUGUAUUUAUUUUUUUUAAAUCUACCUACUGCUUUGCCAAGGACUCCACUGACUCAUGUGAAUGUUUCCUAUUCACCCUGUGCCCUAAAGGAACAAACUCUUCCCCCUUGCUGGGGAUGUAUUAUGAAGUAUUUCAGAGGUGACAUGAAGACUGCUGUCACAAAACAUUGCACACCCACCCACUCACCUGAGUCACCUCAACCCUUUAAAAAAACAAACAAACAACAAAAACACUCUGGAUACCCCCCCCCCAGAAAAAAAAAGAAAAAAAAAUUCAUGUCGUUUUAACUUAAAUAAGUAUUUUAUUUUUAAGGUUUCUGGAGAAACCUGCGAAAUCAUUGAAAAACAAAGCACUAUUUAUAUACUGUAUGUUGGGAGCCAAAGUCGACUGUGCAUUUUUGUCCAUUAUAUCAAGUGCUGCUACUAUUUAUUUAGUGUUCAAUCUGUUACUAGAUUGUUAGCAUUGAUUAAGCUGAAGCCCCACUGUGAGUGGGGGGGAUAUUGUAAAUUUUAAGAGCAGGCCUGCCGUCAGAGUAGCAGAUUAUUUACAGCCUUGGGUCUGAAGAGAUUAGUUUCAGACUCACGUUUGAACAUCGACUGAGGAAAAAAAAGACCAAAACCGCACAGAAUCAGGUCAGCAGGAGUAUUUUUCCCCAGGAUGACUCGUUUCAGAAGGACCUGCCUGUCAAUUUGGAAAUGAAGUCUAAAACCUGCACGUAAAGCACUGACACGAGCACUGUCUGAAGGUACUGCACUGAUGCCCUCCAGCCAAGAUGGCAGACUUCUUUCUCCAAAAGCCAAGGCUUGUACUUUUUUCUUUUUUUUUUAAUUUUAGUAUUUUAUCAACUGGGACAAAAAUGAAAAAAAAAGAGGAUGAGCUCUCAUUUGUAUAUCAUUGUUUGAAAUGCCUUUGAGUACAGGCAGUUAUUUUUUUAUCUUUCAGUUUGAGCAUGCACUUGAAAGUCUCUCGCUUUUACGAAGGCCAAACAAUCACUGGUAGUUUUAGUAGAUGGCUGUGACAUGAAAUAGUGUGCUUUGUAAUAACUGCGAUUAUUAUUCUGCGGUGAUGAGACAUCUGAAUCUGUUU